AUGGAUAUGGACAUGCAGACCAUGAACAUGCGGAUUGCUGGGGAUUCGGGGAUCUACGAUAUCCUUUCCAACCUCGGCCUGCUUAACAAGCAUGGAAAGCUGCUCUUCCUGGGUCUCGACAAUGCCGGAAAGACCACCCUCCUACACAUGCUGAAGAAUGACCGUGUUGCCAUUCUCCAGCCUACUCUCCAUCCGACUUCGGAGGAGCUUUCCGUCGGCAACGUCAAGUUCACCACUUUCGAUCUUGGCGGCCAUCAGCAGGCCCGUCGUCUCUGGAAGGACUACUUCCCCGAAGUAAACGGUAUUGUCUUCCUCGUGGACGCCAAGGACCACGAGCGUCUCCCCGAGGCCAAGGCCGAGAUCGAUGCGCUCCUCUCGAUGGAGGAGUUGGCCAAGGUUCCCUUCGUCGUGUUGGGCAACAAGAUCGACCACCCCGAGGCCGUCUCCGAGGAUGAGCUCAGGCAGAGACUCGGUCUCUGGCAAACGACCGGCAAGGGCAAGGUUCCUCUCGAGGGCAUCCGCCCCAUCGAGGUGUUCAUGUGCUCUGUGGUUAUGAGACAGGGAUACGGAGAGGCCAUCAGGUGGUUGUCCCAGUACGUUUAA